AUGUCUUUCAGGUGGCUCCUUCUCUGUCAUGCUCUGUGCUUCUCCCUGUUGAAGGCUUCAGCCCACACCGUGGAGCUGAAUAAUAUGUUUGGCCAGAUCCAGUCGCCUGGCUAUCCAGACUCCUAUCCGAGUGAUUCAGAGGUGACUUGGAACAUCACUGUCCCAGAGGGAUUUCGGAUCAAGCUCUACUUCAUGCACUUCAACUUGGAAUCUUCCUACCUUUGUGAAUACGACUAUGUGAAGGUAGAAACUGAAGACCAGGUGCUGGCAACCUUCUGUGGCAAAGAGACCACAGACACAGAGCAGACCCCUGGCCAGGAAGUGGUUCUGUCCCCUGGCUCCUUCAUGUCCAUCACUUUCCGGUCAGAUUUCUCCAAUGAGGAGCGAUUCACAGGCUUUGAUGCCCAUUAUAUGGCUGUGGAUGUGGACGAGUGCAAGGAGAGGGAGGAUGAGGAGCUGUCCUGUGACCACUACUGCCACAACUACAUCGGAGGCUACUACUGCUCCUGCCGCUUUGGCUACAUCCUCCACACAGACAACAGGACCUGCCGAGUGGAGUGCAGCGACAACCUCUUUACCCAGAGGACCGGUGUGAUUACCAGCCCCGACUUCCCAAACCCUUACCCCAAGAGCUCUGAAUGCUUUUACACCAUCGAGCUGGAGGAGGGAUUCAUGAUCAGCCUGCAGUUUGAAGACAUUUUCGACAUUGAGGACCAUCCUGAAGUGCCCUGUCCCUAUGACUACAUCAAGAUUAAAGCUGGCUCAAACGUUUUGGGGCCCUUCUGUGGAGAGAAAGCCCCAGAACCCAUCAGCACCCAGAGCCACAGCGUCCAGAUCAUGUUCCGCAGUGACAACUCGGGCGAGAACCGGGGCUGGAGGCUCUCAUACCAGGCUGCAGGAAACCAAUGCCCAGAGCUACAGCCUCCUGUCCAUGGGAAAAUUGAGCCACUGCAAGCCAAGUAUUCCUUCAAAGACCAAGUGCUCAUCAGCUGUGACACAGGCUACAAAGUGCUGAAGGAUAAUGUGAAGAUGGACACAUUCCAGAUCGAGUGUCUGAAGGAUGGGACAUGGAGUAACAAGAUUCCCACCUGUAAAAUUAUAGACUGUGGUGCCCCAGCAGAGCUGGAACAUGGGCUGGUCACCUUCUCCACAAGGAACAACCUCACCACAUACAAAUCUGAGAUCAGAUACUCCUGCCAGCAGCCCUAUUACAAGAUGUUCCACAAUAUCACAGGUAUAUAUACCUGUUCUGCCCAAGGAGUCUGGAUAAAUGAAGUACUGGGGAGAAGCCUGUCCACCUGCCUUCCAGUGUGUGGUCAGCCCUCCCGCUCCCUGCCAAACCUGGUCAAGCGGAUCAUCGGGGGCCGGAAUGCUGAGCCUGGACUCUUUCCGUGGCAGGCCCUAAUAGUGGUGGAGGAUACCUCGAGGGUGCCAAACGACAAGUGGUUUGGGAGUGGGGCCCUGCUCUCUGAGUCCUGGAUCCUCACAGCAGCUCAUGUGCUGCGCUCCCAGCGCAGGGACAACACAGUGAUACCGGUCUUCAAGGAGCAUGUCACUGUCUAUCUGGGCCUGCAUGAUGUCCGGGACAAAUCGGGGGCUGUCAACAGCUCAGCUGCCCGUGUGGUUCUCCACCCAGACUUCAAUAUCCAGAACUAUAACCAUGACAUAGCCUUGGUGCAGCUGCAGGAGCCCGUGCCGCUGGGACCCCAUGUCAUUCCCAUCUGCCUGCCAAGGCCCGAGACCAAAGGCCCGGCCCCCCACAUGCUGGGUCUAGUGGCCGGCUGGGGCAUAUCUAACCCCAAUGUGACGGUGGAUGAGAUCAUCAGCAGCGGCACACGGACCUUGUCAGAUGUCCUGCAGUACGUCAAGCUACCUGUGGUGCCACAUGCCGAGUGCAAAACCAGCUAUGAGUCCCGCUCAGGCAACUAUAGCGUCACAGAGAAUAUGUUCUGUGCUGGCUACUACGAGGGCGGCAAGGACACGUGCCUUGGAGAUAGCGGUGGGGCCUUUGUCAUCCUUGAUGACUUGAGCCAGCAUUGGGUAGCCCAAGGCCUGGUGUCCUGGGGGGGCCCUGAAGAAUGUGGCAGCAAGCAGGUCUAUGGAGUCUACACAAAGGUCUCCAACUAUGUGGACUGGGUUUGGGAGCAGAUGGGCUCCCCAGAAGGCUCCCCACAAGGUCUGGGGGAGCUACAGGUGGAGCGGUGA